AUGUUGGACUUCGCAAUCAAGUAUCAGCAAGCUCUGGAUGUUUUCACUGGGGACCGCAAAUUCGGCCUGCGCAAGUUCAAGCUCAGCGAGAAAGAGUGGAAGAUAGCUACACAAUUGCGUGACACAUUAGCGAUCUUGAAGGAUGCCACCACCUACUUUUCCCGUGCCACGCCAAACCUUGCUACUGUAAUCCCAGCCAUGGAUCACAUCAACGAAUCACUCACUACCCAUUCCUUCGACCAGAACUUGAAUAGCGCCAUUCGUGCCGCACUCGCUAUGGGCAAGAAGACCUUGGACAGGUACUAUUCCCUUACCGACUCUUCUCAAACAUACCGCAUAGCAAUGGUGCUUCAUCCGCAUCACAAACUGAGCUACUUCAAGACUGCUGGAUGGGAGGCAGAGUGGAUCCAGAUGGCCUCUGACCUUGUGCGCCACGAGUUUGACUUCACAUAUGCUGACAUGCCAACCGGUUCGGCGGAUGGAGAGUCGGCGGAUGGUGAGCAUGAAUCACAGGUUCCAAAGGUAUGUUUGAUUUGGUUCAAUCAGGAUCGUUACUAA